AUGUCAUUGCCAUCUUUGCUUCCUCAAAACAGCUGACAGUUGAAAACAAAUAUUUCGUGAUUUUUGUAAAUAUUGCUAGCGUUUUGAUAUGGAGGAGCAAGAGGAUCGAGAAAAGCUUUACGAAGAAGCCCACAAGAAAGUGAAACUGGGCGAGGAGCUGAAGAAAGCGCUGAAAGACUUUGAAGAUCUGCCUGGCGUCAGCAAAGUGCAGCGAAAAAUUCAGCAAGAGCUCAAGUUUCUCAAUAAGGUGAUUACUACAAAGUCCGUGAAGGAACACCACAUAACCAGCAGUAACUUUGUAUACUACGAUUUUCUCAUUAAAACUCUGCGAUUGCAACAAGGAGUAGUCGACAUCAACGCCGUAUUCCGGCUGGAGUCUAGGGAUAGUCCCCUGAGAGUCGACAUCGUGGCCAACAAUGGACUCAAGUGGGUGAAAGUGAUAGCCAGGAACUCGAAGUCCGUCGAGGACGCGGCCAGGGGAUGUGUCAGCAUCGGAGCACGAAGUGUCAUCGACCAGGCGGAGGAUUAUCUGGAGGCCAGCGAGCUGAGUUUCUGCAUGUUCCAGAGGCCGAAGAUAGUAUUCUACUUCUCCAACAAAAUCGAGGAUUCCCUGCACGAAGAGCUCAUGGAAAUGGGCGUGCAAACUGCUUCCUUGGACUCGCCAGACACCGACUUGGAUAUGUACGCCACGACCUCGAAUGAACUAAAUCUAGAUGUGACCACUUUGCUGGCCUACGUGAGUGCGCUGACCAACGGAUCCGCCAACUGGGUCUACAAGGAACCCCUGCUCACCGAACAGGCGGAAAGGGAAAGAGCCUCGCCGCUGAAACCGCUCCUGGAGAAAAUCCUAGAGGGAAAAACCUUGGUCUGCUGCCAGCUAGCCUACGAGGCCUUCCAGAGUAUUUUGGAUAUUGUCGGCGGCGAGGGCGAACGGAAGCGAGCCGAGGAACUGAUGAAACGGGUCACCGUUUAUCCGGAUGUGGAAACAAUACCCGAAGAAUUCUCCCACAUACGUUUCACUGCCAACGUAAACGAGCGAAGUCUGAAAAUCUUUAGUUUCGGCAUGGCCAGGCAAAUUUUCACUGUGACCUCGAAUAAGGCCUUUGUGAGAUCAGCUAAAAUGCAGGGUAUCAAUGUGCCUGUGUUUGUACACGCUUCAGUUGCACUUACCGAAGGUAAGCAGGCAACAGGAAGACCGCUUUAAUAGCCAAUAAGCGUUAAGACUAUUUAAAUAAAUUUUAUGUGAUUUUUUCAAAAA